AUGGGCGACCCAUCGUCUAUAGUUUCGCAAGAUCAUUUGCAUGAAAUUCCAGCUCAUUUCCACCGAUCACCGGUUGCCCACGCCUGCCCGCGUUUGCCUCAAGCCAUCGCCCAUCGGGGAUUCAAGGGCCAAUAUCCCGAGAACACUAUAUUGUCAAUCGAUGGCGCCAUUCGGGCAGGAGCUCAAGCCCUCGAGCUUGACCUUCAUAUUUCCCGCGAUGGAAUCGUGGUGUUAUCACACGAUGCAAGCCUCAUGCGCUGCUACGGUAUUAAGAAGAAGGUCAGCGAGUGCGACUGGGAGUAUUUAAAAACUCUGCGAACUAUACAAGCUCCCCAUGAACCGAUGCCCCGGUUGGCCGAUGUGUUAGAAUACCUAAGACAACCAGGUCGGGAGAAUUUCUGGAUGUUGCUAGACAUAAAGCUCGCCAAUGAACCCUUCGCCAUAAUGGAACUGAUUGCCAAAACCAUCGAGUCAGUCCCUACACCCGCGGGCGGCCCCGACUGGCAGCGACGAAUCGUUCUCGGCUUCUGGUCUUCACGAUACCUCCCCGCACGAGCAAAGCACUUGCCACUGUGUGCAGUGACACUAAUCUGCGUCGACGUGAGCUAUGCUCGCCAAUUCCUACAAGUACCCCUUAUAUCCUUCAACAUCAACCAGAAGAUCCUGAUGGGCCCACUAGGACGGGGGUUUUUGGAUGAGGCGCGCGCAGCCCGGCGUAAAGUCUAUGUCUGGACGGUGAAUUCGCCGAACCUAAUGCGUUGGUGUAUCCGACACGAGAUCGACGGCGUCAUCUCCGACGAGCCCGGUCGAUUCCGCCAGGUCUGCGAUGGGUGGGAGAAGGAACAUUCGGGUGUAUUGGGUGUUCCAAAUCCCAGUUUAGACCGCAUCACUGUGAGACAACGUAUGGAGAUCAUCGCGGUGGCGCUUUAUGUCAUUUGCUUCGGCUGGAUCAUGAAGCGUGUGUACCUCUAUCCGGUUGAGCCACUAGAGCUUGAGAAUCACAAGUCGAAAUGA